CACACUUCAGAUCAAGAUAGGUCUCCGAGUGGAUAAAACAAAGAGGAGGACAAGCUUCUUUGGAACAAACUUCAAACAAACCAACUAUUUUUGUGCAUUUUUUCUCUCUUACGGAUCAUACAACAAGCCAAAUUUGCAAACAUGCCCGUGUCAAGGAUGAGAAUGAGGCCAUGGCUGGAGAAGAUGAUCGAGUCUAAAUCUAUCGCCGGUCUAACAUGGGUGGACAAGGAAAAGAUGAUGUUCUCCAUUCCCUGGAAGCAUGCAGCUCGACAUGGAUGGGAGCUGGACAAGGACGCAUGUCUGUUCAAAAUGUGGGCCAUCCACACAGGGAAAUUUGUGGAAGGUCAGAUCUGUGACCCGAAGACAUGGAAAGCCAACUUCCGCUGUGCAAUGAACUCACUGCCUGACAUUGAGGAGGUUAAAAACAAGAGUAUCAACAAAGGCCACCAAGCAAUGCGCGUUUUCAGGAUGUUGCCUGCCACGCCAAAAUCUAGAGAUAAACGAAGCAAGGCAAAGGAAGCAAAGCUGAGGAAGAAGAGCUCAAUUGUCAAGAUGGAGGAAGACACGGACUACAGCGAUACUCAGUCUCCUAUCAAUAACUCAACACAGGAAGACAGUAUGUCCACUCAGGAGAACACGGUCGACAGCACUGUGAACGCAGAGAAGGAAGAUUUUUCAUUUGUAGCUCCAUCUGAAGUUCCUGACUGGUCUUUGUCAGUUGAGAUCGGGCCUGAGGCCUUACCGUACACCUUCAACCACAGAUUUGAAGUUUCACCUGAACAUAACAUCGAAUAUGACCACACAGACGACAUUGUCCGGAUCUGCCAAGAACUGGAAAGAGAAGUAAAUUGGAUGUCAAGCACUUUAGACGGCAGGGGGUUACUGAGCAAUGAAGCAUGCACCAGUCCACGGAGUGAGUGGAGUGAAUCUUCCUCAGGAGACGACCUAGACGACUUUCCACGUUACACAACUUUGGGCUCAGACACAAAUUUCUCAGGUGAACUCUGGAACAGCUUUUAUCAUCAGAUCGACAGCCUCUGAGGACGUCAGGACAUAACAGAACAAUGUUUUGACAUUUUGGACCAGUCUGUGAUAGGUGGUGUCCACACCUUAAGCUAGAACAUCCCCACCCCCGCCCCAUAUGUGCCAUGUGUUUGAUGCCCAGUAGCAAGUUUGGAGACCUGUCCACAUCUCCCUCAAUCUUUCUGUGAAGUUAUGAAGUGACUCAAACUCACAUGCUGUUCAUCCUCUAUACUUUUGGCUGGUUCAAGGCAUUUUGAUGCUCAGUUUUUGGUGUUUUUUGUCACCUUCUCUACAUGUAUAUUGUCAUACUCCAUAUUCCAUAUGAGGUUGCCAACGCUUACUUCAUAAUGCAAAUAGAAUCAUAUUCAGUGCACUUAACAUUUGACUAAUAGUUAAUGUACAGUUUCAAGUAAUUAUUACAUACAUUUUUUCCGUUAUUUUAUUUCCGUGAAUUUUAGUUUAAGGGAUAGGAAUACAUUUUAACAAACCUCCUUACUUAGUUCUGGUGAAAGCCUUACAUCAAAUAUAUUGUCUUUUCUCUUUUUUGCUAUUGUAAAUAAUUCCUGUAAAUAGUUUCUCUCUCUAAAGUGUUUAUGUGUGUGUGUUUUUUAUAAAAUAAAAAAUCUGAAUGUGAA